GCAGACUACUGUUGAGAUAUUGGAAGGGAUUGAAAAAGACAUUGACCAACUACUACGGUCUAAGCGACGUAAUGUUGAACUAGAGAAACAUUACAUGGGCAGCCUCCUGCUCUACUCUGUCAUCGGCUACCUGAUAAUGGCACUAUUCUUCUAUUUUCUCUACAAUGCUACAACUUGGCAACAGAGAGUUAUACAGAUUUUCCCUCUCCUUCUUUUUCCUUUCUUAAUUUGGCUGAUAAGGAAGGCAUUGCAUUGGUACUUUGUAAAGAGGAUUGCUCAAAAUGAUCUUGCUCUUGAGGAAUUGAGGAACAAGAAAAAGUCUGUUUUAGAAGAUGUGAAGGAGAAUGAGAGUUACAAGAAAGCCAAAGAGAUACUUGAGAAGUUUGAUCCAAGUGUAACCUUGCCCCCUUUGACCUCGCCCCAGACACCAGCAGUCGGCAGAGGACAAGCACCUACACCAGCUCUGCGCCAGAGACCAUUCAGUGCAAGGGGUAGAGGUCGUGGGAGAGGUUCUCCUUCUGUGACCCCUCAACGACCUUCACCUCAUCUUGGAAACCAACCAAUGUUACAGACACCUCAAGCUGCUAUGAUCAGAUCUCCAGGCACAGUAAGACCAAUCCUUUCUCAAGAACAGACAACCUUUGACAAGCUUGUAGGUUACUUGGUUGGAGAUGGACCAAGUAGCAGGUAUGCCCUCAUCUGCAAACAUUGCUAUUCACACAAUGGCAUGGCACUGCAGGAAGAAUAUGAAUAUCUUGCCUUUAGGUGUGCUUACUGCAAGACAUUCAACCCAUCUAAAAAAGUCAGACCUAAUGCUCCUAAACUUCCUGAAACACCUGCUAUUGCAUUUGGAGCCAAACUGGAGAGAAGAGGCUCUGGAUCAAAUGCUAGUGGGAGUGAAGUGAGUGGGUCUGACACAGAAUCCACAUCUAGCCAUCAGAACCAAAUGGAAGAACCUACAUCAACAAUGGAACCAUCAGCUGAAGUUCAAAAUACAGAAGAAACUCCUGUAGAAGAGGCUAUCAAUAAAGAUGAGGGAGGACGUUCAGAUCUUCCCGAAAGCACAACUGAUGAAGCAGCUGAAAGUAAUGAAAUUCCAGUAGAACAAGUGGAACAACUUAGAUAACAGUGUGUCUUUCCUUCUUGAUAUUUCUCUUCAUAUUGCUAGUAUUUGCUAAUGUAAUUUUCAGAAUGCCUGUACAUGUACUCAAUGUACAAGUAUUUUUUCCCUGUAUCCUCUAGCACAAUGAAUCUUCCCAUCACAGAAUGUAGGAUUUGGUCAUUUUUUUUUAUGUUGGGAAUCAGCAAGGUAUUAUGGAGACCUUAGAUACAAUCACAGCAUUUUGUUUUCUGGAUUUCCUUGUUAUGUAUUCCACUUUCAUUUUUUAUGGACAGGUCGAUGGUGUAAUAUAAACGCACAUGUGAAAGUAUUAUUUGGCCAUAAUUCAUAUUGAGAAAACAACAAAGGAGGGCAACAGGGGGUAACCUUACCCCCAAAAUUGCACAUUUUAAAUGUUAUAGCAGCCGCCACUCUUGCUUAUUUCUUCCAUUUCAACCUCUAUGUCAGGAUGGUGCUCAGUCUGUGAUGGAUCACAUGAGCUUUUGUCUAUUUCCAUUAAAUCUCAAUAUUUUGGAGCAUGCAGUUUCCAAGAGAAUUAUUAUAAUAAAAGAGUGGAAGAAAAAGGCGAGAGCGGCUCGCUAUAGAUUAUUUGCAUUUAAGGGUCGUCACGUCAAAAUAUAUUACUAUGGGGGGUACACAGCAAAGAAAGACAGCAGUUUAUGACUCAGAUUUUAGCUUCAAUGGCCAAAAGAAAAAUAAUGAUGUACUUUAUUAUUCAAAUUAGGUAUACAUGUGCAGCACUGGACUCGUCACUGUUACAGAUAUAUUGAACAAUGUCUAAUAUUUACAGAAAAGCCCUAAGAUAUUUUUUUUACUAGAGAAAUAUAAAGACUAAUUAUUUAACUUAAUUUUAGGCCUCCAAGUAUUAAGAAUUUACCCAAUCUAUCUGGCGUCUAGCUUGUAAAGGGAAAAUUCUAUUUCCAGCUUCCCAGUCUGACAUUCGUUUCCACGUCUAUUAAUUCUGGUGUCUAUACAAAGGGGUUGAUUCCUAGACUGUUAAACCUUUAUUUAAGGUCGCUCGACCAAAAUAAUUAUGAAGAAAAUUUGUAUCAUAGCUAUACUUUAAUUAAUUUGAACCUACAUUUGGGAAUUCUAAUAUUCAUUUGUACAGGACAAUAUGGACUUAAUUUAAUUCAUAUCGAGGUUUCCAGCAUCUAUAGACCUUGGCUAUAUGAUUGUUUCCUGCAUCUGUUUACCUUUCCAAGUUUUCCAACAUCUAAAUUCCCCACGUCAAGAUUCCAGUCAGACUCCAUUUUUUUUGCCAGCCCCCUGCAACUAAACAUUCCUUUACUCUCUUGUUGACAAAUUGCGGAUGUAGGUGAAAACUGAAAACGGUGCGCCGAGCAAGUUUGGAAUGCACAAACACGUCUACGUGCAGUGUAUACUGUACAGAGAAUUUGAUCUGUGUUAUAUCGAAGCCAGUUUAUUCACUAUUUCUCGCUCAUUACUACAAAGCAAUAAGUCAAUAAGUUUCCAUUUUUGUGCAAUGAAAUAUAUACAUACAAUUCAUAUUAACACUUAAAAAGAUAUGAAUUCGUCAAAAAUCAAUCAAAACCUGUCAGCGCUCCGAUCGACCGUGUGCAUUCCAAACUCUCAUCCGCACGUAUGCAAAUACGCCGGCUGUGCUCUUAUGCAAAUAAUUCCAAUUACUAUGUACGUACAUAAAACACAGCAAGUGAUGAAUUAUUCAACCUAUAUCUAUGCCAAUGCGAUCAUAUAAAACUGCAAAACAACUCAUCUUCUAACAUUUCUUAAUCAAAUAUUGAGGUCUCAUAUUCAAGCCUAAUUCAGUAAUCAUUU